AUGACACGACCUAGCUCUGAGCUCGAGUCUAUAACGACGAGAUCCACUGGACGGGGUCUAACUGCGACCGCUCGCAAGAUUGUCUUUGUGACGAAGUCACUCGAAGAUGCUAUGACAACCAGAAGCCCGCCUUUGACCCCGGACCAGCGACAUUUGCCUGCUGCGAUCCCCAUCAGCGACUUCGCGGUGGCGUCGAGACCGAGUGUCACUGCUGCGGAGAGGGGGAAGAUGUCAUGGGCUCAGAUCGUGUCGGCUAUCAAUGCUGCCCUAUUGGUCAAACAUUCAAUGGCUGGUCUUGUGAGAAGGUCUGCAAGAAUAGCAGACUUCUGGUUGAUGGCGACUGAGAAUGGCAAUCAACUUGCCCACCACAACGACGGCAAGUACUAUGCCGAUGAAGCGUCGCACCAGCAGCAUGGAAAGUUCCUCUGGAGGACUAAAAGACCCACUCAUCUGGCGCAUAUGGAUCAAAUAGAAACACCCACUCCAUGUCCAUUCCCACAGCACAUCGUCAACCUCUAG